AUGGAUAUGAAAGUGCUUUACAAUGACGACUGCCUAGUGUCACUGACAGCUUAUGUUCUCCUCUCCAUGCUAGAGCACAUGGACGUCCUCUGCCGGCUGUGUGACUUGCCAGACGUGCUGCUGAGCUUUGGAGGCACCUGCCUGGCUGUGUCUUGGCCCCACGCCCACACCCACAGUUCAUACCCGCCACUCUUUCUUCGUUGUCUGAGUGGUAUGGUCGUCGGACCCGGCCUGAGCUAUACAUGUGGGAGACUGAGGCCAGACACUCAGCAGACCGGCAAGCACGGGCUAGCCUGAGCCCCCAGCUCUGUCGUGCCACCUCUCUGCAAAGUGUGGAGGUGGGUCAGACUUCUCUUUCCUACCCUGGGUGCCCAAUAUCGGAGUUUCAAGUCAGAUGAAGAAGCUGACAGUGCCAGAGAGCCUCAGAAUGAGUUAUUUGAAGCACAAGGCCAACUGCGAGCCUGGAGUCCCAAGGUUCCGGGGAGUCCUCGGGAGUUCUGCAGCCCCUCCUGUGACACACCUGAGAGCCAGGCCCGGGUCAUCUGGGAAGAGCUUGGUGUCGGCAGCAGUGGCUACCUCAACGCGCAAGAGCUGGCACUAGUCUGCCAGAGCAUCGGGCUGCGACGGCUUGAGAAAGAGGAACUGGAGGACCUGUUUAACAAACUGGAUCAAGAUGGAGAUGGCCAAGUGAGUCUUGAGGAAUUCCAACUUGGCCUGUUCAGUCAUGGACCCACAUCACUUCCAGAAUCUCCCACUCCCAUCCAUCCGAGCAGGCCUUGGUCUCAUUACCAGGCCAUGGAGGAGAGCGGUUGCCGGACCACCACAACCUCGUCCCUCGUGUCCAUCUGCUCAGGCCUGCGCCUCUUCUCCAGCAUCGACGAUGGCACUGGGUUUGCAUCUCCCGAGCAGGUCGUCACUGUGUGGGCCCAGGAGGGGAUUCAGAACGGCAAGGAGAUCUUGCAGAACCUCGACUUCAGUGUGGACGAGAAGGUGAACCUUCUGGAGCUAUCCUGGGCUUUUGACAACGAGCUCAUGAUGGUCACUGGUGUCAUUCAGCAAGCUGCCCUGGCCUCCUACCGUCAGGAGCUGAGCUACCUCCAAGGGCAAAUGGAGCAGAUGGUGAAGGAGCAAGACAAGGCGAGGCAGGACCUGGAGAAGGCUGAGAAGAGGAACCUGGAGUUUGUGACAGAGAUGGACGACUACCACUCAGCCAUGGAACAGCUCACUGAGCGGAAGAUCAAGCACCUGGAGCAGGGGUACCACGGACGACUGGCCCUGCUUCGCUCAGAGAUGGAGAUGGAGCGAGAGCUGCUCUGGCAGCAGACCAGCAGGCAGAGGACUAGGCUGGAGGAGGACCUCGCGGCCCUGCGCAGGGAGGAGUCCUGCCUGCGGGAGGAGCUGGCGCUGGCUCUAAAGGAAAACAGUCGGUUACAGAAGGAGAUUUUUGAAGUUGUGGAGAAACACUCGGAAUCAGAAAAGCUGGUCCUGAAACUGCAGAAUGACCUUGAGUUUGUGCUGAAGGACAAGCUGGAGCCACAGAGCACUGAGCUCCUCUCUCAGGAAGAACGGUUCACGGAAAUCCUGAAGGACUAUGAAUUCAAGUGCAGGGACCUGCAGGACCACAACGAUGAGCUACAGGCGGCACUGGAAGGCCUGCAGGCAUGGCUGCACAAGACCCAGCGUGGCCAGUCCAACGCUCGGCCAGAUGGAUGGCUGCCCCUGGCAGAUGGCCCGGAAGGCCUCGUUUCAUGUAUGGGUGGCCCCACUCCCGUGAGCCUAGAAACGGAGAUAAUGGUGGAACAAGUGAAGGAACAUUACCAAGACCUCAACAUCCAGCUGGAGACCAAGGUAAAUUACUAUGAGCGGGAAAUCGAGCUAAUGAAAAGGAACUUUGAGAAGGAGAGAAGGGAGAUGGAGCAGGCAUUCAAGCAUGAGGUCAGCAUGCUGGAGGGCCAGAAAGCAGACCUGGAGGCGCUCCACACACAGUCACAGGAGGCCAUCCGCAGCCUGCAGGGGCAGCUGCAGAAGCUGGGGCAUGGGGGGCCACUCUGCACCAAGGAGCUUGCCAGCCCGGCUCAGCGGCAGGAAGAGGAGCCCCGCCUGAGGCACCAGCAUGAAACACAGCAAGUCAGGAAGGAGGCAGAGGCUGAGCUGAGCCAGAAGCUCUUGUGGAUGGAAGCCCAGCAGGCCUCCCACUGCGAGCAUUUGUCACGGCAACAUCAGCACAAGAAGGAGGAGAUGCUGCAGAGGCACCUGCUGCCGGUGAGAGACAUGGCGGCGCAGCUGGACUUGGAGAAGGGACGAAGGGAUGAGAGGGAGAAGGAGCUCCUGGCCCAGUGCAGGAAGCAGCAGGUCAAGCUGGAGGAGCUGAUGAGUGAAGAGCAAGCUCAGAUUUGCAAAGUGUUUGCCCUUGAGAAGGGAAAGUUAGAACUCUCACAUAGGAAGCAGGUAGAAGGUCUUGCCCAGGAGACACAGAUGCUGAGGGCUCUCUUGAAGGAGGGAACAGCAGCAGCAGAUCACAAGAGGGAAAGGCAGCCGCCACCAGGCCUGUUGGGGCCCACAGAAGUCAGGGAGGAGGUGGGACCAGCAGGAGGCGGGCCUGGGUCUGGAGGGGCAAAGGCCAUGGGUGUACCAGGCUGGCAGAGCAGCUGUGCAGACCCUGUCCAGGGCCCAGCCUCAAUCCCAGCCCUGCGGCCCAAAGGGCCAUCUGCAAGCUUCAGCGUCAGAGAGAGCCAUCCUGGCUUGCUGGAUGCUAUAGAGGUGGCUUCUGCUCCUUCAGAGGUGUGGUCAUGUGUGGGGCCACCUGGGGUGGAUGGGACAGUGUACCUAGAGAAAUCAGUGCCUUUGGCUAGUGACCCAGCAGAUCAGAGCUGGCUGUCAUCCGAGCAGCAACAGCCCGAAGCUCAGGAGCAGCUCUGGUUGGUAAUGGAGGGAGACAAGGAUGGAGACAACCUGCCCGGGGAGCCGGCCCUUGGGAGGAGCCUGAGUGCUCUGGAGGCCACUGGGACAGGACGGCAGGAGUGGGAAGGAGCCAUGCAGAGAGUGGAGGCAGAAACGGCGCUGGAGAGAGAGAAAAUUGAAGUGAAGACCAGACUCCUACAGCUGGAAGAUGUGGUUCGGGCCCUGGAGAAAGAAGCAGAUUCAAGAGAGAACAACAGAAUCGAGUUACAGAGGCUUUCUGAAGAAAACACUUCGUUGACAAAUGAGCUGGGAAGAAUUCAGCAAGAGCUUGAAGCUGCAGAAAGGACAAAUAAUGCACAGAGGCAGGAAAUUGAGGUUUUAAAGAAAGACAAAGACCAGGCCUGCUUUGAAAUGGAAACACUCAACAAACAGAGCCAGAAAUAUAAGUAUCAAAUGUCCCAGCUCAACUACAGAAUCCUUCAGCUGGGCAGGGAGGUCUCUGCCUACCAGGCCCGAAACAAGAAGAACCAAGUCACCAUUCAGCUGCUAACACAGAGGCUGGAGGAGGCAGGUCGCCAGGAAGAAGAGCAGGAAGAACAUGAGGAACAGCUGAGAGACACAAAAGAGCGGGUGGGAGAGAUGGAAAUGAUCUUGAAGAACGUGGAAAUGCUCCUACAAGAAAAUGUGGAUGAGCUGAAGAGCCAGUUUGAAAAAAACACAAAGUCUAAUUUGCUGCUCAAGGAGCUUUAUGUGGAGAAUGCACACCUGAUGAAAGCCUUACAGGUCACUGAAGAGAGGCAGAGAGGGGCUGAGAAAAACAACCUCAUCUUGGAAGAAAAAAUCAGAGCUCUCAACAAAUUAAUCAGUAAGAUUGCUCCAACAUCUCUCUCUGUGUAGACUGCUUGUUUUCCUAGAAUUCGUUCUGAAAAGAACAUCUUUUAAAACUAAGCCACUGUGAUGCCAUAAUUUUCUGUGGCUCAUUGGUCAUGCAUCCUCAAGAAUAUGAGGAUUGUGAUUCUUGGCUCAAUCCAGAAACCUCUUUCAAAUGUCUACUCUGUGCCAUAUGGUGGGGAAAUAUACAUGUUGGACAAGAACACAUUUUUAUAAAAUUCCUAAUUUUGCCACUCACUGGUGAAACAUUAUGGAGACUCUCAGCAAGGAGUGACUUCAGAGAAAAUGGGUUAAAAUAAAUUUAAUUCCAAUGUUGUCCUUUUUACUUUGGCUGCAAAGAUUAAAAUGCAAAAUUAGUGCUCUGUACAGCUUUACCGUUUUGUUAUUACUGCUUUGGCUUAGAUUACAAUUCUUAAUUGUAGGUCUGUGCAAACAUUCCAGAAAAGCAUCAUUCCAUGAACUGUUAACAAUACAGGAGGAGAAACUCUUUCUUUAGGAACCACUCCACCACGUGUGGAUAUUUGCACAGGGAUAGGCCUGUGGACUU